UAUUGUGCUAGUGUGUUUUACAUUUAACCUGUUAUCAAUUCCUUAGGUGUGGUUAACUGUGAACUUGACUUGCAUAAGUAUUGUGGAAAACUGAUUGUAUAAACAUUUGAGACAAAAUCCGAUUGUUGCCAGAUACUCUUCGCUCCGAGGCAACUUGGAUCAAUUACAUUGGUCUUGUACCAAGCGUUUACUUGAGGCUGGCCGCUCCACGGGUCUGUUGCGACCCAUUUCACACAUUGCCCACAUAGGAUCACAGAGUAUUAUACCAGACUCAUACUGCAUAUUGUACCACGCUAGCACAUUCGCCGGUUAUCACUGACUGUACAGAAGCACGGUCCCCAUGAUGAUGGUGGACGAUUACGCUGUUUUCAGUCGUAUGGUGCGUUCUAGUUAUCGAAACAGUAAGGACAUGGAGGAAGAUGUGAAAAAGUUUCAACUGGCGACUGCGACAUCAUUUUUUAAAGAUUCCGUUGUGACAGCCAGGCAGUACGAGCGAAAGUAUGGGAAAGAGUUGCCCGAGGGAUGCACCUACCAUUACGUACAAUAUCGCUGCGUCCAUUGCAAACGAAGCAACGUCCGUGGAAAACGGUACCGGGAUUGUGACUGCAAGGCUAGGUUUUCAUUCGUUCUGAAGGGUCUUUGGUACGAGCGAGGUGAUUGCCACUUACAGCACAGCCAUGAUUUCCAUGUGGGAAAUCCUUGGUUGUAUGCGAGUAACAGGCGCUUGACAGAUGCAGAGGAGGCGCAGGUAUGUGGUCUUAUGUCCGCUUUCAAGACUACCCGCGAAUUGCGGCACUACGUUGCCGGAUAUUAUGGUCGAUGCGUAACUCCGGAUUAUUUGAGCUCAAUUAAGCGGCGUUACUUGAAGCACAACUCAGAGCAAAUUACGGACGUAGUGGGGCCGCCUGAGAAAAACGGCAUGUGCCGUAUUGUCACUGAAUCGUGUAUACCACAGGCUUCUGCAGGUGAUGUUGCGCCGCACUUCACCGAUGUUGCGGAUGUGAUUUCGGAGGAGGGAAAUGAUGUGCCGCCUGAUGCCGUAAUUGAUGGAGUCACUAAGUUGCGCAAUAUUGAGCGAGUGCUGGGUGAUGUCGGUACACGUUUGUGCAGCUUGUCGACUGCGAAUUAUCAGCGCUUGACUAAUUCUCUGCGUAUGUUUGGGGAGCUGCUGUCAACGGACACCGACAUAUCUCUUUACUGCACAAGUAAGCAUUGUGCCGAUCCAGUUCCUCUGGACAGGCCGGAAAAUUUACUCAGGUUGCAAGGAGACUUCUCACUAACGUCUGUUCAGCGUGGGGAUACAAAUGAAGAAUGUGCAAUCCCAGCAAAGGUGCCACAGAGCUCGUCAAUGAAAUCCAGUGAGCGUAAGACUCCACUGGUCCUACGGUUAACUGAGGUUCCGAUUACUUCUACCCUACCAUCAUCAGCGAAGUCUCGCCGGUUGAAGAUCCCUACAUCUACUAGCUACCGGACAGGUAAGCAUGGACAGACGUCCACAUCCUCGGUCCCUGUGCAAAAAGGUGUUUGUGGAGUUUGUCUCGGGAAGGACGAUCCGAAGAAUAAUAAGGAUGCUGUAGACUGGGUAGUGUGCGAUGUCUGCGGCAGCUGCUUUCAUCAAAAAUGCUCCGGUUUCCAGGAAGAGGAGUCGUUCGUGUGUAUAUAUUGUGGCAUCUGAGCGUUAUCUUGUACGGAGUAAAGAAAGCCACUAAAACAAGAUGCGAGAACUUCAGAGUUAUCUCAACGUAUAUCCCUGUGCAUAUUCACGGUUUCGCUUCACCUCUUCUGUGUCACUGGAUGCCCACAUGUACAUGUCAAGUGCGCGCGGCUGUGCUAUUUCAGAAGAAAAACAAGAAGCCAGGGAAGAUUGUUUACAUGGUUACGUGUUGUUUAAUACAAGUUCCUUCCUGAUCUUUGGAGUUCUUCCCGCAUUGAGUACUACAAAUACACGUCCACCGAAGGU